CCGAGUCCUUCCUCCAAUGCGCUUCUUCCUCUUCCCAGCAUCAGGAGCCGAGGGGGAAAGGCAGCCACAGAGCCAGCGAGCAACCGAGAGGGUGACAGGAGAGGACGGCUCCAUCAAACUGCUAUCAGAAAAGAAUACCAAUAGAUCGGCGCUUACAUCCCCGCAGCGUACAGGUAUGGAGAGCUUGCUGGACAACCCUAUGAAAGCGGUCCUUUACCUCAAAGAGCUUACUGCCAUUGUGCAAAACCAGCAGAGUCUGAUACAAACGCAAAGGCAGCGGAUAGACGAGUUGGAGAGGAAGGUGGAGGAGCUGAUCGGCGAGAACCGGAAUCUUAAAGACAAGCCCCAGACACAACCCGUGCCCCAACCCCAACCCCACCACUACCACCACCACCCUUCCGAGCGCAGCACCAGCCCGCAGCCGCCAGCCCACCUGCAUCAGCACCCGGUGAGUAAAGCCACCGUAGCCGCCUCGACCUCCCUAGCAGCGCAGCCUCCACUGCCGCACCAGCAGCCGCAGAUCCCACCUCAGCAGUUCCAAACUCCAGAGCAUCCUCCGCAAACACAGCCCCAGCAGCAACUGCAACUGGUCCCCGCUUCUCCGCCGACCCCACCGUCCCCGCAGUCCCCGCAGCCUAACCAAGCGAGCCCCGAGCCGGCGGAGGUGGAGAAGAAGAAAACCCCGUGCUGCAAGUCUCUGGUCCCGCAGAAGCCCGCAGCGAUCUGCCGGGCAGUGGUCCUCGGGAGGAAGCCAAAAAACGAGACGGUCCUGCACCAGUUCUGCUGCCCGGCUGCUGACGCUGACCAGAAAGCAGAUUCUUCCAGCUGUUCCACAAGCAACUCCAUGCCGGCGAGCUGUGCCCCGGGGGAGGCCGGGGAGACUGCAGGCGGAGGAGGAGGAGGGCAGGAGGAGGAGGAGGAGGCAGGCACCACGACCAGCGGAGUGGAGGGGGGAGUGGGCUGUCGGGGGGGUGUGAAAGCCAGCCUCCAUCACACCGCCUCGCCCAUGAGGGUGCAGAGGAACAAGGGGGCCAGUGCCUGCUCACACUCCUCCACGUCCGACUAUGAGCUCUCACUUGACCUCAAAAGCAAACAGAUCGAAAUGCUAGAGCACAAGUACGGGGGCCACCUGAUCUCGCGCCGGGCGGCCUGCACCAUCCAGACAGCCUUCCGGCAGUACCAGCUGAGCAAGAACUUCGAGAAGAUCCGCAACUCGCUGCUGGAGAGCCGCCUGCCACGCCGCAUCUCCCUGCGCAAGCUGCGGGUGCAUAACACGGAGGGCUUCUCCGCCGAGAAGCCCCUGAUGGAGGGCUACAACUUCAUGGGCAUCCCCCUGGUGCGCUCGCCCUCCCUCCCUGCCACCAUCAGCGGGGCUCUGACCGAGCUCGAAGACUCCUUCACUGAGCAGGUGCAGUCCCUGGCCAAGUCCAUCGACGAUGCCCUCAGCACCUGGAGCCUGAAGACCAUGUGCUCCCUCCAGGACGUCAGCACCUACCAGACCUUCCACACAGCCGCACCGGGCCUGGGGGCCGGCUCGGUGGAGGCGGGGGAGGCGGGGGGGCAGGAAAGCUCGGUGGAGGAGGCCCGGCCGGACGCCCUGCCCCACAGCGGCAGCACCUUGAUGAUGGCUUUCAGGGAUGUCACGGUCCAAAUCGACAACCAGAACUUCUGCAUGUCCUCUUCGCUCAUGGAGUCCACCUCCCUCUCCCUGAGCAACUGCCUCCAGCAAGGUGGCCUGGAGGCGAAGGAUGCUGUGGGGGAGCUGGAGCUCAAGGAGGGCCCCCAGGACCCUGGGGAGGACCUGAACGAGUUCCCCGCCCCACCGCCCAGCGAGGAGGAGGAGGAGGAGGAGCCACUGCUGACCCUGCAGAAGGUGGAGGACGCAGAACCAGGGGUGGAGGUGAAGAGGGCCGAGUCGGAGAUGGCUGACAACAGCUCGGAGCAGACAAGCAGCAGCAGCACCUCCACCUCGGCCAAGUCUGCCUCCGAGGCGUCGUCCAAGGAGGCCCUGCAGGCCAUGAUCCUCAGCCUGCCCCGCUACCACUGCGAGAACCCGGCCAGCUGCAAGUCUCCCACCCUCUCCACCGAUGUGAUGAGGAAGCGGCUGUACAGGAUCGGGCUGAACCUCUUCAACGUGAACCCGGUCAAAGGGAUCCAGUUCCUGAUCUCGCGGGGCUUCAUCCCGGACACGCCCAUCGGAGUGGCGCACUUCCUGCUGCAGCGGAAGGGGCUGAGCCGGCAGAUGAUUGGAGAAUUCCUGGGGAACAGCAAGAAGCAAUUCAACCGGGACGUGCUGGACUGUGUGGUGGAUGAGAUGGAUUUCUCCGGGAUGGAGCUUGACGAAGCUCUCAGGAAGUUCCAGGCGCACAUCCGUGUUCAAGGGGAGGCCCAGAAGGUGGAGCGGCUCAUCGAGGCGUUCAGCCAGCGUUACUGUAUAUGUAACCCGGACGUGGUUCAGCAGUUCCACAACCCUGACACCAUCUUCAUCCUGGCCUUCGCCAUCAUUCUCCUCAACACUGACAUGUACAGCCCCAACAUCAAGGCAGACCGCAAGAUGAUGCUAGAGGACUUCAUUCGCAACCUGCGUGGUGUGGACGAUGGAGCGGAUAUCCCACGGGAGAUGGUGGUCGGGAUCUACGAGCGCAUCCAGCAGAGAGAGCUGCGCUCCAAUGAGGAUCACGUGACCUACGUGACCAAGGUGGAGCAGUCCAUCCUGGGGAUGAAAACCGUGCUGUCUGUCCCUCACAGGAGGCUGGUGUGCUGCAGUCGUCUCUUUGAGGUCGCCGACGUCAACAAGGCCCAGAAACAGGCAGCACACCAGAGAGAGGUGUUCCUCUUCAAUGACCUGAUGGUGAUUCUCAAGCUGUGUCCAAAGAAGAAGAGCUCAGCCACCUACACAUUCUGCAAGGCGGUGGCGCUCCAGGAGAUGCAGUUUCACCUGUUUGAGAACGAGUAUUACCCCCAUGGCAUCACGCUCGUGUCUCCCUACUCCGGCUCCGAUAAGAAGCAGGUUCUGCACUUCUGUGCCCAGAGUGCCGAGGAGCUGCUGAAGUUUGUGGAGGACCUGAAAGAGUCCAUCAGAGAGGUGACCGAGAUGGAGCAGAUCCGCAUUGAAUGGGAGCUGGAGAAGCAGCAGGGAACAAAGAUGAAGAACAACGACACACAGCUGGAGCUUCGGGGCAAGCAGCAGGGCUCCCCUCCCGGCAAACAAGACCUUGAAGACAAGACAGGGAAUAAAACAGUAGAGGUGUCAAUUCACAACAGGCUCCAAACGUACCAGCUCAGUGCAUCCCGGACUCAAGAGACUGGAGCCCCCCUGGGCCUCCUUCCUAACCAGAGGGUGGGUCCCCAGACAUGCCAGGCCAGAACAGACCUGUCCCUGGACACACUCAUCCAGUGCCAGCAGAUUUUCAAGGUCAUCGUCCUGGACAAGGGCAGCCACGACCACAUGGAGGCCAUUCUGAGCCACACCCCCACACAUCAGCUCAUCCAAUCCAGCGCCUCCACUCCCACGAGGUCAUCUGAGGGCAGGCUCCAGGGGACGCCCAUGAAGGUCACACAUCAGCCCCCCCUGCCCCCGCCGCCCCCCCCCUACAACCACCCGCACAAGUACUGGCCCCCCAACCCGCUCAUGGACCGGAGGCGCUACUCCAGCGGCUCACGCAGUUUAGUGUGAAGAAACAGCAGCGGCAGCAUUUUAUACAAAAUAUUCCGAUAUUAUUAUUAUUAUUAUUAUUAUUAUUAUUAUUAUUAUUAUUAUUAUUAUUAUUAUUAUUAUUAUAUAGAAAAUAUACAUAUUUAAAAAGAGGCAGAAGAACAAAAAAAACAAGACUUGAUAUGUUGAACACAAAACACAAGUUUAAGAGUUCUGAUUUAUUCUGUAGUGUAUAUUGAAAUAUUCAGUAGUUUUAACAGAUUGUUCUGGCGAUUGUCAGUUCACUACUAGAUGUUGUUUUUAUUUCAUUUUGGCAGCUGGCCACACCUUGUAUGAGAUUCAGUCUAAUGUGGCUUACUAACUCACUAACUAAAAACUGACCAGAAAGGGUGUCAUAGCUCUUUAACACUGUUUAUCUAUUCAUUUUUUAUUGUGUGUCUAUGUGAUAGAUCCAAAUGUGUGUGCCAAAGCAAGGACAGUUGUUUGCGCUGAACUCCUUUUGAACCCUUUGGAAUCUAGGGCAAUGGUUUGAAUUGAUUUGUGUGUGAAAUGCAGUGGGUCUCCUGUUUAUAUCCACACCCUGUGGGCUUGUUCUGAAACCUCAGCUUGAUGACACGAAAUCAGCCCUCAACACAUUCCUUGCAUUCUUUUACCAGGCUGACAUUUGCAAACGCAACAGCCCCGCAACUCUCUUCAAGCUCCAGAGAGGCAACAGCCCCGCAACUCUCUUCAAGCUCCAGAGAGGCAACAGCCCCGCAACUCUCUUCAAGCUCCAGAGAGGCAACAGCCCCGCAACUCUCUUCAAGCUCCAGAGAGGCAACAGCCCCGCAACUCUCUUCAAGCUCCAGAGAGGCAACAGCCCUGCAACUCUCUUCAAGCUCCUGGUUGUUUUUGAGGGGUUAAAGGAGGGAUAACCAAGGCUUUCAAAUCAUGUUUCUUAUCUCUAAUUAGCACAAGAACCAGCAUUUCUUUUUCUGAAGAUCUCUUGGUUUUCUGGUUAUGGUAUUUUAUUUGAAUGCCAUUGCAAUGCUGUGCUCAUAUCUCCACUGGGAGACCUCCAUUGCAAUGCUGUGCUCAUAUCGCCACAGUCACUGCCAUUGCAAUGCUGUGCUCAUAUCUCCACAGUGAGAUCUCCAUUGCAAUGCUGUGCUCAUAUCUCCACAGUCACUGCCAUUGCAAUGCUGUGCUCAUAUCUCCACUGUCACUGCCAUUGCAAUUCUGUGCUCAUAUCUCCAUAGUCAGACUGCCAUUGCAAUGCUGUGCUCAUAUCUCCACAGGGAGACUGACAUUGCAAUGCUGUGCUCAUAGCUCCACUGGGAGACUGCCAUUGCAAUGCUGUGCUCAUAUCUCCACUGGGAGACUGACAUUGCAAUGCUGUGUUCAUAUCUCCACAGUCACUGCCAUUGCAAUGCUGUGCUCAUAUCUCCACAGUCACUGCCAUUGCAAUGCUGUGCUCAUAUCUCCAUAGUCAGACUGCCAUUGCAAUGCUGUGCUCAUAUCUCCACUGGGAGACUGACAUUGCAAUGCUGUGCUCAUAUCGCCACUGGGAGACUGACAUUGCAAUGCUGUGCUCAUAUCUCCACUGGGAGACUGCCAUUGCAAUGCUGUGCUCAUAUCUCCAUAGUCAGACUGCCAUUGUAAUGCUGUGCUCAUAUCUCCACUGGGAGACUGACAUUGCAAUGCUGUGCUCAUAUCUCCACUGGGAGACUGACAUUGCAAUGCUGUGCUCAUAUCUCCAUAGUCAGACUGCCAUUGCAAUGCUGUGCUCAUAUCUCCACUGUCACUGCCAUUGCAAUUCUGUGCUCAUAUCUCCACAGUCAGACUGACAUUGCAAUGUUCUGCUCAUAUCUCCAUAGUCACUGCCAUUGCAAUGCUGUUCUCUUAUCUCCACAGUCAGACCUCCAUUGCAAUGCUGUGUUCAUAUCUCCACAGUCUGACUGACAUUGCAAUGUUGUGCUCAUAUCUUCACAGUCACUGCCAUUGCAAUGCUGUGCUCAUAUCUCCACAGUAAGACCUCCAUUGCAAUGCUGUGUUCAUAUCUCCACAGUCACUGCCAUUGCAAUGCUGUGCUCAUAUCUCCACUGGGAGACUGACAUUGCAAUGCUGUGCUCAUAUCUCCAUAGUCAGACUGCCAUUGCAAUGCUGUGCUCAUAUCUCCACUGUCACUGCCAUUGCAAUUCUGUGCUCAUAUCUCCACAUUCAGACUGACAUUGCAAUGCUGUGCUCAUAUCUCCAUAGUCACUGCCAUUGCAAUGCUGUUCUCUUAUCUCCACAGUCAGACCUCCAUUGCAAUGCUGUGGUCAUAUCUCCACAGUCAGACCUCCAUUGCAAUGCUGUGGUCAUAUCUCCACAGUCACUGCCAUUGCAAUGCUGUGCUCAUAUCUCCACAGUAAGACCUCCAUUGCAAUGCUGUGUUCAUAUCUCCACAGUCUGACUGACAUUGCAAUGUUGUGCUCAUAUCUUCACAGUCACUGCCAUUACAAUGCUGUGUUCAUAUCUCCACUGAUAUCUUGUCAUGUUAUCACUUAUCUUGCCAUUUAAUAUGGCUACAAUUCACUAUUCAUAUUUCAUUAACAUGGAAUUUAAUUUGAAUAAAAGAGUAAAUAUGUAUUAACUCCCCACACUUUGUUUCAGUUCUCUUACAAACUUAAACAUUCUGCUCAUCUAUCAGCAACGUCCUCCCAUUUCAACACACACCUACGUAUAUCACCCGAUCUUUCAGCAUCCAGGUUAAAAUAGUGAUUAAUGUUACAAGCUCCCUGCGAUUGGUUUUAUUUACCAGGUGUAGCAGUUUGAGCCCAGAAGGAAUGAGCCAACAGGGUGCCUCUUAUUACUACGGCCAUAGAGCUGUGUGCUCAUUUGUGUCAAGUGGAAUGCAUCCGAUUCACAGACUGUGUCCCUCAUGUAAAUCCAGAUUUUCUCCCAAAUGUUUUGCAAUCAAUUUGACACCUAGUGAAGACAUGCUUGAUAGCUUAUUGAUCGUAAUGUCAUUCCUGUUUUGAGUUGUACUGCACCCAACAAAACUACAUUUCUGCAUUGUAAUUUCUGUACAAGAUGAAGUUUGCAAUAUUGUCAGUGGCUUCCUUAUGUUAUGAUAAUUGGGUGGCUAUGGUUCAUACAUGCUUUUGCCUAUGUUUGUUUGUUUAUUCGAGUGUUGGUUAUGGAUUUUGAAAUUCACCUUGGACAUGCCUCUCCUAAACCUGCAGCAAUAUCUACAGCACAGCCCCCUGUAGCUUGUAAAACGCAGAGUAGCAGAGCUGUUGGAACAUGCCCUCUCUCAGCCGUGUGUUGAAGUUGGUUUCACUGUUUUGUUCCCCUUCUAGCCCUUUUGCUUUCUGUACCCUUUGCAACGCUGUUGAUUUUGGAAUGGAUUGUGCAGCCUACUGAAUGGUUCUUGAGGUGAUAAUGGAAAACAAAAGCAAAGCAGUGGAUUGUCGCACCUGGGCCAGAGGACCAUGCUUCACUUGCUCCCAUCUGCUGCAUCGAAUAAAAGGCGUCCUUAUUACAACACAUAGGCUGUAGCAUUGGCAGAACACCUCACUGUGGAUUCCUGGGGCUGUCAAAAGCAGUCAUUUAUACUUUGCUACUUUUUUAAUCAAAAUGAUUAGGCUCACUGUAUUAUUAUUCUUUCAAACUCAAACCAGGCACAGGAGCAGCAUGUCACUGCAUCAGUAAAAAUGGCAAAAGGUCUUACAUUCAAUAUGUCUCUUCGGAGAGAAAGAACGCUACUGUCCGACAUCAAUUCCAUGAAGCUGCAGCCUGACCCAUGAUUUGUAGCAUCCUCAUUAUCUGUGCUGUGAAAGGUUAUGUCUGUACAUCUGUUCCAUCAGUUAUUGUCAACACCUUGUUAGUUAGUUUAGAGAAUCCAUGCCCUAAUAAAUUGAUAGACUGACAGCUCUCAAUUCAGUCCGCAGUAGAUACAGCACUGUCUGUCUAUUGAUUGUAUAGCACUGUGUGUCUAUUGAUUGUAUAGCACUGUGUGGUUAUUGAUUGUAUAGCACUGUGUGGCUAUUGAUUGUAUAGCUGUUGCUCCUUGUUAAUGAAUGUGGACUCUGGCCCAGUGUGCUGUGUGUCGUGGAAACUGCAAUACUGUAGCAGAAUGAGGGUGAUUGCUCUCUUUACAGGCUGUACAAGAGAGUGCUGCAUUCAACAGUUCUAACUGAGGGGUCAUGGAGCCAGCCUCUCUAACUGAAGGGUCAUGGAGCCAGCCUCUCUAACUGAGGGGUCUUAGAGCCAGCCUCUCUAACUGAGGGGUCUUAGAGCCAGCCUCUCUAAUACGGAGGGCUGUUCUUCAGCCACACACUUCCUGUGUGGACCAAGGCAUCAGAGGUUCACCUUUGCCCUACACGACUGUCUCUGCAAUGUCAAUGCUGUUUGAAAAUCUUGGACAGCGGGCCACUUUACCUGCCAUUCCUCACAACCAGCACUGAGGACUCAAGCUGGGCUCUGUGAGGGGAGAAAAGCUUUAUUAUUAUAGAAGUUGCACAGCGAAACUCUUUUUGCAAACUGUUUUAUAUAUAGAGAACUAGAGGCUUAUUCAAGAGGUGUGAGUGUGCCAAUGAAACUAUAAAUAUAUACAGAAAAGAGAAAAUCUGUAUUUUGUUAUGAAAAUGUUCUAAUAUCAUUGUAUCUAUAAAAAAUUGUAUUCUUUAUAUAUCAGUAUACAUUAGGUAUAGAUAUAUACAAAGACAGUUGUAGUUAUUGCUGGACGUGCAGUACUCUUGCAGUCAUGCUUUGUUUUUGGUUGUGGCUCUUCAGAGCAGCAGGUGGAACUCUCUGAAACUGUCCUGAGCUCAGAGGCACCAGCUGAUCACUGAUCAUGUUUCAAAAGUAAUGCUCUGUGUGUAUCAGCUGAUCACUGAUCACGUUUCAAUUGAGAUGCUCUGUGUGUACCAGCUGAUCACUGAUCAUGUUUCAAAAGUAAUGCUCUGUGUGUACCAGCUGAUCACUGAUCACGUUUCAAAAGUGAUGCUCUGUGUGUACCAGCUGAUCACUGAUCAUGUUUCAAAAGUAAUGCUCUGUGUGUACCAGCUGAUCACUGAUCACGUUUCAAAAGUGAUGCUCUGUGUGUACCAGCUGAUCACUGAUCACGUUUCAAUUGAGAUGCUCUGUGUGUACCAGUUGAUCACUGAUCACGUUUCAAAAGUGAUGCUCUGUGUGUACCAGCUGAUCACUGAUCACAUUUCAAUUGAGAUGCCCUGAGAGAAAACUAAUUACAGUUUUUUUCAGUUGGUAAAAUCAAGUUUAUGAAACCAUUGGCCCAAUUUUCAAAACUCUUAACACAAGAACCAAAACCACUAACUUUAGUGGCAGAAGCCUGUUAAACACGCAAAACCUUGAGUUUUGCAUUCUGUUUAGUUCAUACAUUUUGCAAAACAACAUAGUUGGCUCCAAACCAGAAUUUAUUAAUGAAAUAUCAUCACAUCAUUAGUCAUUGAAAGAAAAGAAAAUAACAGCAUUAUUCCUCAAUCAUUUGAACAAACAGUGAACUCAAGAACAAUAAACUCAUGAUACAUUUGUCAAAAUACAUUUUCAUCAUUGAAGAGGAGGACAAAAUCUGCAAACAGAAAUGAAUACAAAUGAAUUAUUUAAACAUAAAGGUCACUCAGGUACAUCUCCCUCUCAUGUACAUUUCGCCACAAGUUCUCAUCGACAUCACAAAAAAUGUUUUCGUUUGCCAUGCACCUGGGAAAAAACCUUCUUGCAUGCAUAAUCCACGCCUGACAUUGUUCCUGGAUAAUGUAAUCGCAUGCAGCAUCCAUGGCCUGCAGAAGGGUGGCGUGCCGAUAAGGUUGACGAUUGUAAACCCUCCACCUCCAAGCAAAGAAAAACUCAAUAGGAUUGAGGAAAGGCGAGUAUGGUGGCAGCUACAUUACAAUGAAUUGCUGCUGUGCUGUGAACCAUUCCGGCACCACAGCUGCGUGAUGGAAGCUAACAUUGUCCCACACAAUGACACAUGUGACCUCCUGAUCAGCUUGAACAAGGUUAUUAUGCAGCUCAUCUAGAAAAUUCAGUAAAUGUGUGGAAUUGUACUACCCGAGUAACGGCCUAUGGGCCACCAUGCCAUCGUCUGAAAUGGCAGCACACAUGAUGAUGUUGCUACCACGCUGCCCUGGGACUUGAAUUGUCGCACGCCAAGUUGUUUUGGCCAAGUUGAAGCCAGCCUCAUCAACUAAAAAUGUAUUUGUAACGAUUGACGUUUGCAUCCAGCUCCAUUACCUUCGGAAAAUAGAGAUGCACAGUUGGGUUUACUUAUCCAUAUCAACUGUCAGUACUACCACAAUGUUACAGUAUCUGUACCAAACUCACAUGCUAACAGUAUCAUAAGAACAUUACUGUACCUAUGGGAUGAUUGUCAAUUAAUUCUAUUUGCAUUUUUACAAUGUGAAUGCAAUUAUCAUAAUGAGACAUCGUUCUUGGUAACAGCAAUUAGAGUGAAGCAUUUUGAAAAACAUUUGAAGUAUGUAUUUCUGACUGAGCAAGUAAUGUAGAUAAUUGUGAAAGUCAUGUUAGAUAUUGUAAUAUGUAUGUAAUCAAAUGCAAAAGUGUUUGGGGUUCCGAAAUAAUUAGAUUUCUGCAACUCAGUUUGGAGUUUUGUGUUAAGAGUUUUGAAAAUUGUGCCAAUGGUUUCAGAAACAUGAUUUUAGCAACUGAAAAAAACUGUAAAAUAAAAACCAGGCAGCUACCCCCCCCCCCCCCCCCCCCCCAUUAAAAAGGAGCACAUUGAAAACUCCCCUUUCAAAUGAUGAUGACAAGUAAGAGCAAAUGUCCAAUUCUCCAGGAACGGACAAUCUAUCUUGUGUACAAAGGUUCAGAGUGGUAUUGUUAUCAGUGGAAACUCACAGUCAGGCUGUCUUUCCUUGAUUAUUACUAAGAGGAGACAGCAUGUUGUGUCAAUGUGGAGAAACAUUUCAAUGUUGCUGAAAAGUAAAAAGUGGGGCAUUGAGAAAGCGUCUGUGGUUUUUAAAAAACAUGCUUUUAAUGAAUCUUCUAAAUGCAGAAACCACUAUUGAAAUUCUUAAUUACAAUGUGUAUAAAUCGUUGGGGCUGGGAAAAAAAAAUCUUCAAAAAGUGAAUUUAUGAAAUAUUUUCUGAUGGGGAUUUUCUAAAAGGAAGACUAAUAAACAGGUGGCCUGCAGCCUGUUUGAUUUGCAGCCCUUGUGCACUUGGGGAGGCUUCAGGGGCUGCAAGGUGCCAGGAUCGAGGAUACUGACAGCUCUGGAGAAACCACUGCUGCUGCUGUGCUGUUGCUGUUCAAACAGUGCGUGCAUUCCUGGUCUCGAUUCCCUCCUGCAUGCCCCUGAUCAUCGAGACCGCCCCCUUCUCCACAAGACUGCAGGAGCCACGUUAUUUAGACUGUGAAUCUGUUAGCCGCAGAUUACUGAAACACACUUCCUAUUGUACAGUGAGACUAUGUUUUAAAUUCUUUUUUUCCUCUGAAUAUUAUGUUGUGUUGGAAACGUUUCGCACAGUCCAAGAAUAUCAAUAAUAAAUUACUUUUUUCCAA